AUGCCGAACCACUCACUUUCGCGCCGUUUUUCUGUCAUUCGAGUGCUUGGCAAGGGCACGUUUGGCAAAGUGUUCCUCGUUACUGAUUCUGUGUCUGGCGAAACGCGAGCUCUUAAGAGAACUCAGAAGUGGAGGAAGAAGGAAUCACGAGAGGUGCUGUGUCUGGAGAUCGGCAAAGAUUCGCCGAAUCUGAUUGGCGCCGAGGAAGUCUUUUAUACGUAUACUCCUUCCGGAUUCAUGGUCCAGAAUAUCCUGAUGGAGAACGCUGGGUACACGUUACACCGAUACCUCGCAUCGCAUCUUGCACUUCGAAAAAAUGAUCCGGCGCACAAAAUUCAAGUUUCAACAGCCAUGAGCAUUGCCAAGCAAGUAUGUAACGGGUUGUUUGCUCUCCAUAGGCAGGGGGUCGCCCACAGGGACUUGAAACCGGAGAAUAUACUUAUCAAAGACCAUGGCGGUCAGAUUCUAGCAAAAAUAUGUGAUUUCGGCUCGAGCAAGGCAUUAACCACCCAGGGCUGCCCAUCGAUGCCCUACAUCUGCUCACGGUGGUAUCGGGCACCGGAGUUGCUUCUUGGUUCGACGACCUACACGGUCGCAGUGGAUCUGUGGUCUCUGGGAUGCGUCCUUGCGGAACUCAUCCUGUUGAGGCCACUUUUAGAAUGCGAGCCCGAUAAUCAGAAGUGCGGAACGCAAGAACAAAAGCCCACUAGGUGCCUGGGAGAACCCUUCCAAAUUCUUAAGAUCUCUGAACUCCUUGGAGCACCCACAACGUAA